AUGGCUAAUCAGGCAGUCAACACAUUUGAGGACCUCACUGGUGUCUCGACUUCCUCCUUCAGCAACCCCUAUGAUGCAUUGAUAGCGGCAUGUGAAGAUGAUCCGGUACGAAUCCAAGAGAAGUACCACUUGCAUCGGACCACGAGGAAUGCGCAGCAAAAGGCAAAAAUGCUCGAUACGAGCUUCCAGGGCGUCAACAUAGACCCCAUACUCUUGAGACUGGAAGACCCCACUGUCGAACCUGGAUUCAAAGAUCCCCGCAACUGUUUCGUAUUCUGGGGCCGUCCUACAGAACAAGUCAAGGAUAUGAUCGCCCGAGUGCAGCAGGAACUGCGAACAGUAGCACCAAAUCUAUGGCUCAUGCCCCGGGACAACCAACACAUUACAGUACUGGAAGUAACGCACUCGAAGACGGCACCAGAGAUUCAGCAACUUGUCGAUAAUGUGCGAGACAAGAUACCUGCCAUGACUGACUAUACCCACGAGCAUCGCACGCGCCUCAUCAAGCCCUUGAUUGGGUACGAUGCUUCAGCGAUAGCGUUGAGCUUUGUACCUGCAGCUGGCGAGGGACUGCACUCUGGCCGUACGCCGGAAGACGACAAGUUCACUUACCACCAUCUUCGCCGAGAUAUGUUUUCCAUGUGUCGCGAUGCAGGUCUUCAAGUAGAAUCGCGAUACGUCGUACCGUCAAGCCAUCUCACCAUCGGCCGCUUCAUCUAUACCAAAGAUCAGGAAGACGGAAAUGGCUCGCUAGAUCCUGAGAAGACGAAGGCUUUGAUCGACAAGAUCGAGGAGAUCAACGCCUGGCUGCAGAAAGACUACUGGCCGGAACAUAAUGAAGGCAAGAUACCUGCUGGAGGAGAGUUCAACGUGGGCCAGGAAAAGGGUUUGCAUUGUGGGACGGGUCCUCUUUGGUAUGGCGGAGGCGAUGCAGUGCACCUUGGAAAGGGCUACUGA